CAGACUGGAUCCAUCCUCCUCUGCGAGGCAGCGGCCACCAUAUAGCGUCCCUGCAUAGCUACUUCCUUACUGGCAUUGCCUCUCAGUUCCCAUGUCCUUCGUUGCUCUAGGACUGUUUCUUCAAGGCCGAAUCACGCUUAAUGAAAUUAAACAUGAAGCAAUGCAUGGCCCAAUUUUAUGCACUGAUGGACAAUACCAGCUCAUGCGGGCUAUACGUAUCGGUAGCCAGAUUCCAUGCCGCUUGUUAGGCUAUAUAAAAGGCGCCCUAUUUCUCUGGUCUCACUACCCGCAGGUAGGGAAGAUAAAGGGUGGCUGGGUUCAAGAUCGGUCAUUAGGGUUUUGUUUAUUCGAGUAUACAGAAGAAUUUAUAGGGGACCUAGUAACAGUUGAAGGCUUGGCUUUUAUUCGAAAGAGAAAAAGUUCUACCUAUCUAAGAUCACUCGAUAUCCGAACCCGGAGAAGCGAGGCAAAGCACAAGUCAUGGAUCAGACGGAAUAAUUUAAAGUAGUAUGAUUUGGAAAGCAAACGCUCAAAACGCCGAAAGAGUAAAAUUCACAUCGCAACUAGAAACCGCCUUUCUCAAGUCCCAGAUGAAACAGCAAUACGAGU